AGGUGUAAACGUGAAGGGGUGAAUGUGGUGGCCGAUGGGUCCAUUUUCUGUGCACUCUCAAGGACCGUAACAGGGAAGCCGUUGGAGCUUCGAAGUCCUCCGAUCAUACCUUUUUGUUGCCUUUCACGCUCUGUACUCAUACCUUCCUUCACCGUUCUUCUUCUCCUCAAAUCCACACACACCAACCAAUUUCAUUGCCAGAAUUCAUUCUCUCUAUGAGAUUUUACACUUCGCCUCAACAUGUUCAAUUUUGAAGAUGAGCUGAUUCUUGAACCCGGAGUUUCGUGGUUAAUCUGGAUCCAGCUUCUUGUUAUCAUCCUCAUCUUCGCGCUUUAUUGUCUUACCGUUUUUGCGGUUGAUUUCUCCAAAAGCAGUACUGAGAUCAACUCCUCUGCCGCAGUUGCUUCGUCUUCUACUAGUCGGUUUGUUUGUGACGCUGCUCGCAAGGGGAAGAAUCUUCCGAAUCAGAACUUCAGAAUUGACUCUAAUCGACCGCGGAAGACGCAGGUCUCUAAGGAUCAAAGCAUCAGGGGGGAGAUAACAAGUAGUACGAGCAGGAGAGUCACACAAGUGGUAGAAGGCGCUGUAGUAGGAGGGGACGGCUCUCAAGAAACCAAGGUAGAUCUUCACCCUUGCAGUUAUUUCAGGCUUGCUAAAUCAGCUUUUCUCAGGUGCCUGGGCUUGGACUCUUCAACUGAGAUCUCAGUCUCUGAUGAAAUACAAGGACAGGAAUCAAGAAAGUCCCAAUAAAGUUAAUGCAACAGCUAGUGCGAGAGGGUAGGAGGAGGGGGCAGAGUGGCGGAGAGGUUUCGUUUUGAACGAGAGGAAGUAGGAAAGGAGCUAUAAUUAGGGUGAGAUUGAUCUCUAAGGUUGAGAGGAGAAUGGAGUAUUUUUUAUAAGGGUGCGUAAAUCUCUCUCGAAUUAUUCUUUAUAAGGGUAUGGUGUGGAAAU